AUGGGAUUACCCAGUGGCCACAAUACCAAGCAUGUAAUCUGGCCUGAGGUCCACGUCAUCUGGACUUUUGAACUCCAAAGUUCCCCUUUCCUUGGCCGGAGAUCCAUCUUGGACGGAGUUCCAGACCUCGUCAUAACGCCGUACUCCAAAGUUCUCCAAAUCACUCCAAUAUCAUUGGAGAUGAGUACGCAGCCCCGUUUGCCCCCGUAUCCUCCUCACCGAAACGAACAAUAUGACGCCGAGUGGCUUUUUCCCGACUUUUUUGCUGAAUCCCCGAUGGGGCCCUUGGCUGUCGUGACCCUUGACUGCAUCCGGGGUCCCGGUCCAACGAGGCCCCUUUCCCGAGAACAGCCAGCUGAGCUCCCAGGCUCCCAGCCCAGGGAAAAAAUUAACGGGAUACGGGAUCGGCACGCACGACUCGACCUGACAUUUCCCUUUCCCUCCCUUCCCACCCCAGUUCUUCAAAGCGCCACUGCCCACUAUGAGGCCCUCGCGCCCAAGCGAGAUGAUGGCAUGCCAUCAGAUUCAUAA